AUGGAUAUGACUGGAGCUAAUUCAAUUAAUAUGAGACCACUUUUUGGUGGAUAUCCCUUCCAAGGACAAGGCCGAGUUAAUCAAUUAGGUGGUGUUUUUAUAAAUGGUCGACCAUUACCAAAUCAUAUACGACGGCAAAUAGUUGAAAUGGCAGCGGCUGGUAUCCGACCUUGUGUAAUUAGUCGUCAAUUAAGAGUUUCACAUGGCUGUGUUAGUAAAAUUUUAAAUCGUUAUCAAGAAACUGGUUCAAUAAGACCAGGUGUUAUUGGUGGUUCAAAACCAAAAGUAGCAACACCAGAAAUAGAAGCAAAAAUUGAAGAAUUAAGAAAAGAAAAUCCAGGAAUAUUUAGUUGGGAGAUUCGAGAGAAAUUAAUUAAGCAAGGAAUACAAGAUCCACCAUCAACAUCAUCAAUCAGCAGAUUAUUAAGAGGUUCUGAUCGUCAAACAGAAGAUGGUCGAAAAGAUUAUAGUAUACAUGGAAUCUUAGGUGGUCGAGGUUCUGAUUCAAGUGAUACGGAAUCAGAACCAGGUAUACCAUUAAAAAGGAAACAGAGACGUUCAAGAACAACAUUUACAGCAGAACAGUUGGAAGCAUUAGAAAGAGCAUUUAGUCGUACACAAUAUCCGGAUGUUUAUACAAGAGAAGAAUUAGCACAAACAACAGGUUUAACUGAAGCAAGAAUACAAGUAUGGUUUAGUAAUCGUCGUGCACGUUUACGUAAACAUUCUGGUUCAAAUGGUGGUUUAGUUGGUCAUGGUGGCGGUAGUCUUAGUAGUGGCGCAGCUGGUAGUAUGGUUAGUGCAAUGGGACCACCAUUAACAGCAAUUGGUGGUCUUCCAAUAACAUCAAUGACACAAUAUUCAGCAACAACACCAAGUAGUGAUAAUCAUCCACAUCAUCAAAUGCAUCAUGGUUAUAGUGAUUUAGUUACACCGCCACAGCAUGGUUUCACUGCUACCGGAUUUCAUCAUCAACAUUCACAUUUUACCGGACAAAAUUAUUAUCAUCAAGAUUAUUCAAAAUUAAGUAUGGAUGAUUUUACAAAAUUAACAGCUGAAAGUGUUUCAAAAAUGGCACCAGCAUUACCAACAUCAUCUGAUGGUAGUAAUCCAUAUUCAACAAAAUUGGAUAAUUCAAAUUGGUCACAAACUUAUGGUUCUUUGCAUGCAGCAAAUCAUCAAAAUGCAAUGGCUGCAGCAGCCUAUGUUAAUGAUUAUCAUACAAGUACAAAUUUACAAGCACAAUCUGCUGCUGCUGCAGCUGCAGUUGCUGCCGUUGUACAUAGUGGUAAUCCAUAUAAUACACAAACGGGAACUGCAAUAGCAAGUGGUGUUGCUGGUCAAAAUCAAAAAUAUUGGACAUAG